GGGAUUCUUCAUUUGAAUUUUGAAAUUCGUAUAGGGUUUUGUGGGAUUUUCGUUUUUCUUUUUUUCGGGGAAUUAAGGUUUUACUUCGUUGAAUGAGGUUUUUAGCUUUUUUUGAAUUGGUGCUUCAAGUCCUUUAUUUAUUUUUUUUUCCCGGAAAGUUUAAUUACUUUUUGAAUUAUUUGUUUUGUAAUUCUUGCUCUCUGUCUCUCUUGGUAAUUUUCGGAAAUAAUGAUGAGGAUUUAAGAAGCUUUGAGUGGCAAUUUGCUCUCAACACAGAGUCCAAGCAAAGGGCUUUUCUUUGUCCCCUUUUUGGGUUUUAGAUUGUUAAAUUAGUCAAUCAAGCCAUACUGUAUUCUCCAAGUGUUUUUUCCUGGAAGGGAACUUAAAUUAAUAAUCAACAUCAGUUCGCUGCUUUUCUUGCCUAGCAACCUUAACUUGAAGAUGGGUUUUUCCGAAGUUGGUGAAAUUUUUAAUAUGCGUUGAGAGCAAAUUUUGAAAGAUCUUAAUGUUGUGGGAAACUUAGAAUGUCCUAAUCCUCUGUUAUUUUUUUUGGUACUCUGGAGCUCCUAUGGUCUAUUGGUUGUCGUUGAUUCACAUAGUAACUAGCCAACGACUUUUCUUUGCUCAUUUUGGAAAUUAGUGGUUGUUGUGUUGAUUCACAUAGUAACUAGCCAACGACUUUUCUUUGCUCAUUUUGGAAAUUAGUGGUUGUUGUGUCUAUCGAAAUAAACCACUUUGUGUACUUGCUGCCAUUUGCUAUGAGAAACAUAUUACUUAUGAAGAAAUAGUAUAACCUCCUUUUGCCAUUGCUCAGUGCUUAGAUUGGAAUAGCCUGGUGGAACUACUUCCUAUUGGGUUUACUUCUUUCGACUUGCGUAAUGAUCAAUACUGAACGCAAUGUUAAUGGAGUUGGCGGUGGUGGAACUGCUGCUGCUCAUGAUAAGCAGCUUGCUAGUGCUCUGAGAAAGACUGCACUGAGAGAUGUGCAGAACGAAAAUGUGGGAUCAAUUCAUAAGCAGCAAGAUUUACUAACUGGAGGAGGGAGGUCGAGUAGUGACACAAUUAAGGUUUGUGGGACUAAACGACUUACGCCUGAGCGCCCUUCGAGCUCCCAGGGUCUUCCAUCCUUGGCAUAUAAUGGUACAAAUGAGAAUGUCAUGAAUGCGCGUCGAAGAUUUGAGUUGGAACUUGGGAGGGGAAGACUUCAGAACAAUGUUGACAAAAUUUCAGAUUAUUCAGAAUCUAAGAACAUAGGUCUAUUGCGGCAGGAUAUUCCUCAAAAGAUAACUCAGCCCAGGGACAGUAAUCUUCAUCACAUUCCUGUAGCUACAUCAAAUAAUCUGACAGCAACAAUGGCCUUUCCAAGUAAUGGUCUUUCAGUUCCCAGUUCUUUUGGCAAGCACAGUAACAGUACUCCAGCUGCUAAGGUCUAUCCAGAGCUUCCUCGGACUGUUGAUUCUAAGACCACAAGUGAUCAGCUGAGAACAGAAAGGUUCAUACGCCUCCAGAAGUUUCUGAAGCAAUGUGAUGAAGCUAACCAAAGAGAGUACACCCAGAUGCUUCUGCAUUUAUCUCCUGCUGAGCUUAGUAAGCAUGCUGUGGAGUUGGAGAAAAGAGCAAUCCAGUUGACAAUAGAGGAAGGCAAUGAGAUGCAGCGCAUGAAGGCACUGAAUAUUUUGGCAAAACCUUCUCAAACAAACGAUGUACCACCAUCAACUCAGUUAGUGCAAUCAAAUAAACGAUAACUGGUGAAGCUUGUGGUAAUUUUUCAUGGCGCUAAAGGGGCCUGUGGGGGUAUGUAUGCGUCUUGCUUUGACAAAUCCUGAAAGGAAUCAGCUAUUUGGAUGCCUCCAAUACUCUUUCUUGACUAGCUCUAUGUGAAGCUAAGAUCAUUAGUUAGCCUGUAAUCAUGUGCUGAUGUUCUCUGUGAAAUAAGCAGAGUUAGUAGAAUGUAGCUAGCUAGCUUUUGUUCUCAAAUUAAGAAACAUUUCCACAUUCUUCCGUUUCUGGUGUUUUGAUUUUUGUCUGUUAUCUCUCUGGGUAAGUUGAAGUUGUGUGUAGGAAAACGAGUGUCUUGUUAUAAACUCUUGUUGUCGUAUAAUUGAAUUUGUUUGUAGGAAGCUGCUUAUAGCUCAUCGCUGAAAAUUUUGGUCCUUUGAGGUUAUU